AUGAAGAAAGAGGAGGAUAGGCUGAGAAAUGAGGAGGAUGAAAUAAUGAAGAAAGAGGAGGAUAGGCUGAGAAAGGAGGAGGAUGAAAUAAUGAAGAAAGAGGAGGAUAGGCUGAGAAAGGAGGAGGAAGAAAGAAUGAAGAAAGAGGAGGAUAGGCUGAGAAAGGAGGAGGAAGAAAGAAUGAGAAAGAGAGGAGGAUAG